AUGAAUAUGUUGGAUGAUGAAGAUGACCAAAGCUUUCACGCUACGCGUGACGGCUACUCCCAUUUGAGCGAUGUCGAAUGGGAUGCGGUUGAACGAAUGGGUUCGACCAUGGGCAUCCAUGCUGUUAGCGUCAUGCUAGAGGCUCUCAAUAGAGAUGCCCAACAUGCUACUAUCGCCAAGUUCAUUCAAAAUGAACUUGACGCAGAACGCGAGAAAGUAGCCUUGCUUCACCAACAAGGUUCUCAACAAGCAGAGUUGUUGAGAGAACAAGGUGCUCAACAGUUUGAACUGUUGAGACAGCAGCAAGCUGCUGCUGGCGGGUCGAUGCACUCGCGUCGACCCGAGACUUUGAAGAUUGACAUCUCAAAGGCGCGUCGCAUCGACGACGGGGAUAUGCAAGUUGCAUUUGCCCAGUCAAAUCUGGCAGGACGUGCCAAGACUUGGGCACUGGGGCUCAAGCUGCACGACCCAUACGCGUUUGGGUCGUUGGAAGUCUUCAAGUCGCGGCUCAGACAAACGUUUGAACCGCCUAGAGCUGAGUUCAGAGCUCGAACUUAA